AUGCAGAUGCAGUUGCAGAUGGUCAGGCUUCGGCUGCUACGCCCUCGUCUGUUCCUGUCUCCAGCUGCCGUGGCUGCUCGACAUUGGACCCCAAGCAGACGGCCACUCAGCACGCAGCAUGUCCAGUCAGCGACCAGCAGCAUCGCCGGUGAUGCCAAACCGUUCGUGCCGUUGCGGAAGCAGUUGAAGGACGAGACGAAGGCGAAACGGCUGCAGGAAAAGGGAAAGAAAAAGUCGAGGGGCGCGAGCACGCAGGUUGAAGGAUGGGAGUUGACAGUCGGCAUUGAGGUCCACGCCCAGCUGGAUACGGACUCCAAGCUGUUUUCCAGGGCUUCUGCUGCUCAAGAGGAUGCGCCGAAUGCCAACGUUGCCCUGUUCGACCUCGCGUUCCCCGGCAGUCAACCAUCCUUCCAGAUAGCAACGUUGAUACCGGCCCUGCGAGCUGCCAUUGCGUUUGGCUGUGAGAUACAGAGCGUGAGUCACUUUGACCGCAAGCAUUACUUCUACCAGGACCAGCCGGCCGGAUAUCAGAUCACGCAGUACUACGAACCGUAUGCAAAGGCAGGCACACUCUGGCUGUAUCCUCACGAUGGAAUAGCCCCCGAAGACGGCGAGGCGGUGCGAGUCGGGAUCAAACAGAUACAGAUGGAACAGGACACGGCGAAGUCGCAGGAGCUGCCCUCACACGCAGUGUUGCUAGACUUCAACCGCGUGUCUCGCCCGCUGAUCGAGAUUAUUACGCUGCCGGAGAUACACUCGCCAGCCACGGCGGCCGCCUGCGUACGAAAGAUCCAGGCCAUCCUGCAGUCCUGCGGUGCAGUCAACACAGGCAUGGAAAUGGGCGGUCUACGUGCCGAUGUCAACGUAUCUGUCAGACGGACAGGAGACACAAACACAGCUGAAUUGGGCCAGCGGACGGAGAUCAAGAACCUGAGCAGUUUCAAGGCAGUCGAGGACGCUGUCGUGGCCGAGCGAGACCGCCAGAUCGCGGUGCUGAAAGGCGGAGGGAAGAUCGACGGCGAGACCCGCGGCUGGACGAUCGGGAGCAUAGAAACUAGGAGGCUACGGGAGAAAGAAGGGUCAGUGGAUUAUCGAUACAUGCCGGACCCAGACAUUGCGCCGGUAGUGGUAGGGGAGCAGCUGGUCGAGGCGCUGCGGACGAGCAUGCCGCCGUCGCCGGACGAGCUGCUGCGGAUGCUGACGGAGGAGCCGCAGUACAUGCUGACAAUGGAGGAUGCAAAGCCGCUGCUCGAGCUCGACGACUGUGCCCGGCUAGAGUAUUAUCUUGAUGCGGUCGACGAGCUAUACUUGCUCCAAAAGGCCGACGUCAACAACAACAACAACAACAACAACAACGGCGCAAAAUCCACGGCAACGGGCAAGACGGUAGGCAACUGGGUGCUGCACGAGCUCGGAGGCCUGUUCAGCCGGGCAGACGCAAGCUGGGACAGCGAGCGAGUGCCGGCCGCGAGCCUGGCGGCGAUUGUGCAUCUGGUCGGGACGAGGCAGAUUACGGGCAGCACGGCCAAAACGCUGCUGGCGACGGUCUUUGCGGGCGAGCACGGCGGGCGGACGGUGCAGCAGAUGGUCGAGCAGGACGGCUUGCUGCUGCGUCCGCUGUCGCAGGAGGAGUACCUGGCGAUGGCGCGGACUGUGAUGGCCCAGCACCCGCAGAUGGUCGAGCAGAUCCGGCAGGGACAGCAGGGCAAGGUCGGCUUCUUCGUCGGCCAGAUCAAGCGCAUGGGCGAGCAGGGUCGGGUCGAGGCCCAGCGCGCAGAGCAGGCUGUUCUCUCUCUACUCUGA